AUGAAGACCGACUACUACGAGCUGCUUGGGGUGUCUGUAGAGGCGUCCGAUCUGGAGAUCAAAAAGGCGUACCGAAAAUGUGCGUUGCGGCUCCAUCCAGACAAAAAUCCCGAUGAUAUUGAAGGAGCCAGCAGGAAGUUCAACGAGGUGAAGGUUGCGUACGAUACAUUGAGCGAUCCGCAAGAACGCGCGUGGUACGAUUCGCACAAGUUCCAGGUUUUGAUGGAGGACGGCGAUUACGAGGCAGAGGACGACAAGUCGGGCGACGUUUAUUACGCCGGUCUUUCUGUGGAAGACAUUCUUGCAUAUUUGAACUCGGACCUAUAUUCGCAGAUGGACGACUCGAUCAAUGGGUUUUAUGCUGUUGCGGGGGUUGUUUUGGACCGAAUUGCCAGCGAGGAGGUUUCGUCUGGUAAGAAACAGAAACUGCCUGGGUUUGAGAAGUAUAUGGACGAUACUGCGUCUGCGAAUGCUUGUGAUACCAACGAUCUGCUAUUUCCUCGGUUUGGCAAGUCUCGGUCGGAUUAUGGUGAUGUUGUUCGGAUAUUUUACAAAGUUUGGUCGAAUUUUGCGUCUGUCAAGAGCUUCAACUGGGUGGACGAGUAUAGAUACUCUAGUGCACCUGAUCGACGCACUCGACGACUAAUGGAGAAGGAGAAUAAGAAAUUGCGCGACCAAGCCCGGCGAGACUACAACGAGGCCGUCAGACGGCUAAUUUCGUUCUUGAAGAAACGGGAUCCACGAGUCAAUCCUGCUGCGCAGAAGAAGUACGAGCAGGACAGGGUGCGGAAGCAGCAGGACGAGGUGAAGCAGCAGGUCCAGCGCGAUAAGGAGCAACGCAAAAAGGAUAAGGAAGAGUUCUCAGAACAGCACUGGCAGAUGCUGGACCCUGAGGAUUUGGCCGAGAUCGAGCAGCAGCUCGACAAGCUGUACAUGGAGGAGCAGCUGGACGAGAGCGACGAGGGAGACGACGAUUUCUACGAGUGCAUUAUCUGCAACAAGAACUUCAAGCACGAGAAGCAAUUUUUGGAGCACGAGAAGAGCAGGAAGCAUCUGAAGCUGCUGAAGAAGUUGCAAUGGGAGAUGAGGAAGGAGGGCAUUGAGCUCGGGCUGGACGAGGGGUACGUGCGGAGCGAGGACGAGUACGAGAGUGCGGUCGAGGAUCUGGACGGGGAGGAAGAGGAAGAAGUGGCGGAGGAGAUGGAAAAGGAGCCGGUGCAGCCAGACGAGGAGGCAGAGGUGGUGGAGUCACCAUCCCCAUCAGAAGACGAGGUGGAUGCGCGCGCGUUCUUAGACUCCGAUUCUGACGACGACUGGGGCACGACCAAGUCGAAGAAGAAGAAAAAGGGCCGCGCGGCCAGAGUCUCGCCUGUGCCUGCUGCUCCGUCUGCGACAGAAAAGUGCACCGUUUGCAACGAAACGUUUUCGAGCCGCAACAAGCUGUUUCAGCACAUCAACAACACCGGCCAUGCGCUUGCUCCAAAGAAGAAGAAGAAGGGCAAGAGACGUUGA